AUGGAUCCCGUAAGCCAAUGGGGAAACACACCCCUCGUAACCGUCGACCCUGAGAUCCAUGACCUUAUCGAAAAAGAAAAACGCCGCCAAUGCCGCGGAAUCGAACUCAUCGCAUCGGAAAAUUUCACCUCCUUCGCCGUCAUAGAAGCCUUAGGAAGUGCACUCACCAACAAAUACUCAGAAGGUAUUCCGGGAAACCGUUACUACGGCGGUAACGAAUUCAUCGACGAAAUUGAAAACCUCUGUCGGUCGCGUGCACUCCAAGCUUUCCAUCUCGAUCCACAAGCUUGGGGAGUUAACGUUCAGCCUUACUCCGGUUCUCCGGCUAACUUCGCUGCGUACACAGCUGUUCUCAAUCCUCAUGAUCGGAUCAUGGGAUUGGAUCUACCUUCUGGUGGUCAUCUUACGCAUGGUUAUUAUACUUCCGGCGGGAAGAAGAUCUCGGCGACUUCGAUUUAUUUCGAGAGUUUGCCGUAUAAGGUGAAUUCGGCUACUGGUUAUAUUGAUUAUGAUCGGUUGGAAGAGAAGGCUUUGGAUUUUAGGCCUAGGUUGAUUAUUUGUGGUGGUAGCGCGUACCCUAGGGAUUGGGAAUAUAAUCGAUUAAGAGAUGUUGCUGAUAAGUGUGGCGCUCUUUUGCUUUGUGAUAUGGCUCAUUUUAGUGGUCUUGUUGCUGCUCAGGAAGUUAAUAAUCCGUUUGAGUACUGUGACAUAGUGACGACAACAACUCACAAGAGCUUGAGGGGUCCUAGGGCGGGUAUGAUCUUCUACAGGAAGGGACCUAAGCCACCCAAGAAAGGCCAGGCUGACAAUGCAGUUUAUGAUUUUGAGGACAAGAUUAACUUUGCAGUCUUCCCCUCUCUUCAAGGUGGUCCUCACAAUCACCAGAUUGGUGCCCUUGCUGUUGCCUUGAAACAGGCCAUGUCACCUGGGUUCAAAGCAUAUGCAAAGCAAGUUAAGGCCAAUGCAGUUGCCAUUGGAAAUUACUUGAUGAGCAAGGGAUACAGUCUUGUCACUGGUGGAACUGAGAACCAUCUUGUAUUGUGGGAUCUCCGCCCUCUUGGAUUGACUGGAAACAAGGUGGAGAAACUUUGUGACCUCUGUAACAUCACAGUGAACAAAAAUGCUGUUUUUGGCGAUAGCAGUGCCUUGGCUCCCGGAGGAGUACGAGUCGGUACUCCAGCCAUGACAUCAAGAGGCUUGGUUGAAAAGGACUUUGAGCAGAUUGGAGAGUUCCUUCACCGUGCUGUGACUCUGACACUAGAGAUCCAGAAGGAGCAUGGCAAACUUUUGAAGGACUUCAACAAGGGCUUGGUUGACAACAAAGCUAUUGAAGAACUCAAAGCUGAUGUUGAGAAGUUCUCUUCCUCAUUUGGUAUGCCUGGUUUCCUGGUAUCUGAGAUGAAGUACAAGGAUUAA